AGUAUCCUCCCAAAACAUGCUGGACUUUUUACUGCGAGAUUUCCUCGCAAACGAAAAGGUGGUGAUGUCGUCGGUUGAGCCCCUCGUGAAGGUGGCUAUCGACGAGAGAUCCAGGCCCAAAUCAUUCAGUCCGGCGGGCUUCCAGAAUCCGGCAUUCCUCGACGACGACCAAUUCUCAGUUGUGCGUGUGUCAGAUACCGUCCAAGAGCUGGUCGUCAGCAGCAAUGCGGAUUCCGACCGGAGCGACGUUGGACGUUUCCAAGAUAUUCUAGCGAAGCAUACUUCUAGUUCGGAAGACGGUCAUGUUCGAUCGGAGUCAUCUCGCCCGGACAAGGAAACAAGAUCUCCUGCACCGUGUAUUGGAAGCGAAGAUGUGCCUCGCAAUCUCUGUGUUGAACAGCUUCAGAAUCACGCAAAUGUUAGUCGACCGUCUUCCCUUACUACACGCCAGCAACUGGACCCCUUCUUGUCUGACUCGGAGCGGAAUUCAUCGUUCGUGUCCGAACGCAUCCAACACCUCGUGCGCGCUUUUUCCAACCGCUCGCAGAAAGUGAAAGAAAGAAUUGCUGAAGCACCAACGCCGAGUCCAUCUCCUCCGCCAGAGAAACGAGACGAGUACGAGAGUCGCCUUCGCCUCGACUCCUUCAGCCUAAUUGAGGAUGGUCCCCUCGGUGGCAGCGAAGAAGCACAGACUGCGUACCUCAACUUUUUCUGCUGCAGGAUCAAGAAAUCUUUGCACUUCCCGAAGACGUUAGAUCCGCAGAGCAAAUUAUACAUCUCUUGGCUCUUCAUGGUGACGUUGUGUUACCUAUACAACUGCUGGGCGAUAUUCCUUCGUGCUGUUUUCUACGAGCCUCAUCACAACACCGUAGGGUACCUGGUAGUCGAUUACGUCUCCGAUGCAGUCUAUUUACUCGAUGUACUCGUCUUCAAAACUAGAAUCAAAUUCCACUCUGGAGGAAUGUGGGUGGAAGACCCAAAGCUAACGAGAAAGAAUUAUAUUCGUAAGCUCAUCUUCAAGGUGGACGUCGCAUCCCUCACGCCCCUUGACCUUUUAUAUUUCGUAUAUGGCGUGAAUCCACUUCUACGGCUGCCUCGGAUGCUCAAAGUUCAGACGUUUUGGGAGUUUUUUAACCGCAUCGACGCUCUAGCCAAGUCUCCCUACAUUAUCCGAGUUCUUCGCACGCUUCUGUACAUGAUCUAUCUCAUACAUCUGAAUGCGUGCGCUUACUAUGCCAUCUCCAAGUACGAAGGCAUUGGCUCCAACCCUUUUGUCUUCCAAGGAGGAAAUAAGACCGCGUACGUGCGUUGUUUCUACUUUGCAUUUAAGACGGCUACAUCCAUUGGCAAGAACGCCAAACCGAGCAACGAAGGAGAAUAUUUGUAUAUGACAUUAAGCUGGCUAUUGGGAGUGUUCCUGUUCGCCUUUCUCAUCGGACAGAUUCGUGACAUUUUCGCUACGGCCACUCAAGGUCGCACCCAGUUCAGGCACACGGUCGACGCCUGCGUGCAGCAACUGAGGCGCCUCAACCUUCCUGAAGACCUUCAGAGAAGAGUGAGGCUGUGGUUGAACCACACAUGGGAACAGAAGAAAACGUUGGACGAGAGCUCCAUCCUCGACACACUGCCUAGGAAAAUGAAGACGGAUAUUGCCAUCAGUGUUCACUAUAACACCCUGGCCAAGGUUCAAUUUUUUCAGGACUGUGAGAGAUCGAUGCUGCGAGAUCUUGUGCUCAAGUUGAAAUCUAUUCUGUUCCUCCCAGGAGACUACAUAUGCAGAAAGGGCGAGAUUGGAACAGAAAUGUACAUUGUCAACAAGGGCCUUAUAAACGUUAUGGGUGGAGAGAACAAUGGCGUUGUGUUGGCAACACUGAAAGAAGGUAGUGUCUUCGGUGAAGUCAGUCUUUUAGGUUUACCAGGGUAUAAUCGAAGGACAGCAGAUGUGCUCUCCGUUGGAUUCUCUAAUCUCUUUGUGUUGAGCAAGGACGACCUGAAUGAUGUCCUGCGCUAUUAUCCUGACGUCGAAGCCAUGUUGCGGAAGAAAGCAAAAAAUCAGAUGAAACGAAACCAAGCAUCUAACGAAAGGAGGAUCGAAGAAAACAGCAAGUUACACGUAGAGCCCAUCAUACGAACGCCGUUACCUCGGCCUAAAACUCCUAAGCUGGUACAGACGGUUAUCCAGGUGCUGAGACCAGAGUCAAAGAACGCUCUGCGACUAGCCGGCAAAAAUCAUAUGUAUCGAAGUGAAAGCAGAUGCCAGACAUCGAGUGAAGAAAGAGCUACCUUGCCCUCUCCCGACCGGCUCAGCAAACCAACGUCUGUUACAAUUGAAGACGAGUCAGGCACAUCCAGGGAAUUCCAGACGUACCAUGAUAUCACUCAGAAUGCCCUAACACUGCGUGCUUGUUCAGCCCUUUACAAGAGAAACCACGUGGUGCAGCCCCCACGGUGCAAGAGUUCUCCCGGGGACUACAGGACGCAAGCCCUGCACAAGGAGACCCACGGGCCCGGCACUUCCGCCAUGCUUCGACGGAAAAUUGGUUCACCCCUUCGUAGUUUGACUGAAUACCUCCAAAGGCAAAGAAGGAAAUCGAGAAAACGGCGACCGUCAGGACGAAGUAAAGUCGUGCCCAUGGAGGUCGACCUCAACCUGAAAAAAUCGACCGAAUCUUCUAAGCAGACUGUGAAACCACCGCUAUCCACGGCGGAACACGUCGAGAGCGACCAACGGUCUGAGUCGACGGUUAGCCUCGGAUCAUUAUUCGCGUCCAGGGAGUCGUCUGAUCCAAAAGAAGACGUGAGAAAUUAUGCUGCUGACUCUGAAGACGAAACAGAUAGAGAGGACUUUGAUUUUGUGUCGCCUGUGUUUCUUUCCAGUUCAUCACUGAGCUGGAACUUUGACGACCUUCCUAGGUAAUCGAUAGUCUAGUGCACCAGAGUGCAUGCAGAACGUUUCCCAGGAGAACACGAUGCAGAUAUGACUACACUUGCAUACAGCAAACACUCGAAACGUGUGGACUAUGUGAAACCUGAAUCAAGUUCCCAGACGUGUGUUUGAGGAUGGCAUUAAAGAGACACCAUUUAAAAUUA